AGGACUCCCUCGAAACUCGCACGCGAUCAUCAGCUACUGGAGUGGAAACCAAAGUAUUCAAAGUGAAUCUCGCCGGAGAAUUCAAGAGCGUGGAAACCUUCCCCGAUGCCUCCCGUUGCUCCCAGAUCCGGUGACGCCAUUUUCGCCAGCGUGGAACGGGUGAACGCGGAGCUUUUCACUCUAACCUAUGGCGCGAUCGUUCGUCAGCUGCUAACCGAUCUGGAAGAGGUCGAGGAAGUCAACAAGCAGCUUGACCAGAUGGGUUAUAAUAUUGGGAUUCGGCUAAUCGAUGAGUUUCUUGCAAAGUCCAAUGUUUCUAGAUGUGUUGAUUUCAAGGAAACUGCUGAAGUCAUUGCCAAGGUUGGUUUCAAAAUGUUCCUAGGGGUCACUGCAACUGUGACUAAUUGGGAUGCUGAGGGUACAACCUGCAGUCUUGUUUUGGAAGAUAACCCACUGGUAGAUUUUGUUGAACUUCCUGACACUUGUCAAGGCUUGUAUUAUUGCAACGUCCUGAGUGGAGUUAUCAGGGGAGCUCUGGAGAUGGUGUCAAUGAAAACUGAAGUGACAUGGAUCCGUGAUAUGCUGAGAGGGGAUGAUGCAUUUGAAAUGCAAGUGAAGCUUGUGAAGCAAGUUCCUGAGGAGUACCCCUACAAAGAUGAUGAGUAACAUGUUGCUUGACCGCAUGAUCAAUGUAUAUACAUAGAGUGCUGUUUAACAUCAUGGUGUUGUAUUUGAGUUCAUUCAUCAUCUUUUUUUCCUCAAGACAUGCAUAUAUGGCUUUGCUUGUUAGUCUUAAGUUUGGAAGACAACCUUAGAAGUUUUGAUAGACUGGACAUGGCUUAAAUCUUUUAGGCUGUAUGCCAGUUGAGAAUGCUGAUGCAAGUGAGACAAUUCACGUUCUUGUUGCGUUUGAACUUUUUUGCCUGAA